AUGGCUCAAUCUGGGAAGGUGAGGGAUAGUAAAGGUGAAGAAAGAGUGCAGAUUAGAGAACAUGGAGUAGAAUUUUUGGCCUUUGUCAACCAGAUGACACAAAUAGGCCACUUCCAUGGCUGUCCGGCUACACCGGCCGACUUGGCUGUGAAAAGGCAAUUCGGCCACUUGAGCAACAAUGACUGCGCUUGUUGGCCUCCCGAGAAACACAGACAAGCAGGCAAGGACACAAAAGAAGUCAAAUUUGACACACUCGUCUGUCCGCAACCGACGCUAUGUCUUUCUCCCAAAGGCUUUAUCCUCUGGGUUAUCUCGGCAAACCGGUUGUUUCACACCUCAUUUCCUGCUUGGUUGGUCAUGUUUAGUAGACAUAUUUGGUCUGCCGGCCUGGUCCAUUUCGUGGUCCUCUCGGAGGUCGGAUAUAUCGUCAGUGGUGGAGACAUGGGCAAACCAUUUAAUGGGUCCCUUUUCAUACUCAUCCAAAAUCAUAAAUUUGUAACCUGUUAG